ACAGCACCCGUCGCCGCCGCCAUACGUCCACACGAUGGUCCCGGGCGCUGCCUUCAUAUAACCCAUCCCCAACCGGCCCCCGGGCUCACGCUCUUCGCUCUGUUGCUCCCGGCCCCGGCCACAUUGGACGCCUUCGUCAAGACAAACCCUCACGAUGGCCGAAGAAGCAAAGCCUGCCACCCUGGCCCCGCCAGCCGUCACGGCACUGAAGAAUGAGGCCGCAGCAAACAGCAUGCAGCGCGUCCAGAUGGAGCGCACCGUCAGCGAGGACAUGCGCGUCGAACGCGAGGACCUGAAAGAGGCUGCCGAGCACAGCUUGAACGUCAUCAUGGACCUGGGCUUGGACGGCAAGGUCCGCUAUGUCAGCGAGUCGUGGAAGGAGGUUGUGGGCACGAACCCCGAGGAUGUCGUCGGAAGGCCAGUUGCGGAUCUGCUCCUCGGCAAUCCCGACCAGUUCGCUGAGACGGUCGAGUCAAUUAAGCAGGAUGAUUCAAGGAGCCACAUCACCCGCUUCUCCAUGCGCAUGGGGCCUCAGUCCGUCCUGAGACGGAAGCGAUCGAAGCACGUAGCAGAGGAGAUGCAGGAGCCAGCUCCAGAGACGCCGACAGAGGAGGACGAGGAUCAGAUUCUCAACCUCGAAGCCCAGGGCAUCAUGGUGUACGACCGGACGACCGGUGCCGAGAGUCAUACGAUGUGGAUGAUCCGCCCUUCUGUAAUCCGGGAAGUCACCAUUGACCUUCCCGAAGUACUCGUAGAAUCGCUCGGGGUCGGCGCGGAAAUGCUAGCCCACUACCUCACCGGCCUGGCUGAGCAGGGUGCCAAUGACCCCGGAAACCACCCGCCGCCCCUGCCCGUGCUCUGCCGAAUAUGCGAACGUCAUAUUACACCGUGGUGGUUCGAAAAGCAUACGGAGCUCUGCCUGCAGGAACACCGCGCUGAGAUGGAUGUCCAGAUCGCGCAAGAGACGCUCGCCGAGCAUCGCAACGCCAUCGUCAAGGUGCUCGACGCCCUGGAGGCACAGAGUCGGCCUUCACGGGCCACUUCGGCAGAGCUGGUACAGCCGCCGCAACCUCCAGAAUACAAAGGAGCCGUCAUCCAACCCACCUCUACCCCUUCCUCUGGCACCCCUUCAGGGCGUAACUCCCCCGCCUCUCCGCCAUCCAGGUCCCGAGAGCGGUCGACUGGUUUUGGUCAUCACCGCGCGCGAUCUUUCGCUGUCAGAAGACCGCUCGCCCGCAUCGUCGAGCUUGUUCUCGAUCUCUGCGACACGGCUCUGGAAGUUAACACGCCCGCCGUGAAGGAUAGCGCGCGAAGCCAGUCUGCCGCCGAGAUCCGGACUCAAUCCCCCCAGUCGGAGAACCGCAUCUCUCAAGUCUUACAGUGGCAGUCGCCAACCUCAGGGUCCGCCGAUCACUGCGAGGGCCUCAAAAUGCUUUGCGAGGACACGAAUAGACUAGCAAGGGCGAAGGUUGAUGCAGUUUUCCGUCAUCGACGCAUUCUUGAAUAUUCUGAACGCAUCCGCGUCGAAUUUGACCUUCUGGUUCAGGAGUGCAUUGAAGCCGCCAUGGCGAAGGCUGCUCGUAUAGCUGCUGGAGAAGACAGUUCGUCUGACGACGAACAACGAGACGAGGAGUCGCCGCUAGACGCAAACGACAUACCUACAGGCGAGGAGGGUCUCUUUCCCGGAUCCUUUGACGCCCCUUCAGCAAUGGCGCAGGCUCUCCGCAAUGCAUCCGAGACUUCGUUACCGGCUCGUGUGAGCCGCCGAGAGUCUUCGGUCGCCGGCUCGACUAGAUCGAGCAGCCCCAGAGGAGGUUGUCAGACACCACGCUCGCACGCUGGUGCAAUCAGCAUCGCAACACAGAACAAGCGCCACUCGAUGCAUUUUGAAAGCGAUGCUGGUGCCGAGAGUGACAGCAGCGUGCGCUCAUCCGUCAUGUCUGGACCCAGGCGGGCAGACUCACCGUCGUCUGAGCUGGGUCUGAGCCGUGUUGCAAGCUCCCGCGAGCGCAAGCGCAAAAGUCUGAUCUUGCCCAGCGUCCUGUCCAGCCGACAACAUUCUCCUGCUCGAUCAAUGGUCCCUCCUUCCUCGCCGUUGCGAUCAAACAAGCCGCGACUGCCUAGCGGGGUUGACGGGCUCCAGUCCCCCAUCACCUCGCCCGUGCUCGCCACCAGCGAGUUCUCCUCGCCAGCUAUGGCACAAGUUCAUCAUCAUCGCAGGCAGUCAUCCACCGCCGGAUCGGACGGUCCAAGACCUAUUUCUCCCCGCCUCUUGCCUAUCAGCCAACCGCAACCCCGUGCAGUGCCGCCAUCAAUCAAGGACUUUGAGAUCAUCAAACCCAUCAGCAAAGGCGCUUUCGGUAGCGUGUACCUUGCUAAGAAGAAGUCAACCGGAGAGUACUAUGCAAUCAAGGUCCUGAAGAAGGCAGACAUGGUAGCAAAGAAUCAGGUCACCAAUGUCAAGGCCGAGCGAGCUAUCAUGAUGUGGCAAGGCGAGAGCGACUUCGUCGCUAAGCUGUAUUGGACGUUUUCGAGCAAGGACUACUUGUACUUGGUCAUGGAGUAUCUGAACGGUGGCGAUUGUGCUUCACUGAUCAAGGUCCUCGGGGCACUCCCUGAAGAUUGGGCGAAGAAGUACCUGGCCGAAGUUGUUCUGGGAGUUGAGCAUCUACACAGCCGCGGCAUCGUUCACCGAGAUUUGAAGCCGGACAAUUUGCUCAUUGACCAGAAAGGUCACUUGAAACUCACCGACUUCGGGCUUUCGCGCAUGGGCUUGAUCGGUCGCCAAAAGAGAGCCCUCAAAUCGGCCGAACCAGCCCCAGACCUACUUAAAACUGGGCCGUUCCAUCGCGCUACUUCAGUAGGCUCCUCUCGCUCGGCGUCCUUUGAUCUGAAUCCGUCUCCUUCUCACACGCCCAGCAUGACUCCAGCUCUCACUGGAGAUCUCGGUCAGCCUUCGUAUUUCAGCCUCAGCCGCGAAACCUCUCACAACCGCGAUCCGUCACGAAGAGCAUCAGGCAAUCGGAGUGAGAGCGGGGACAGCGAAGCAUUGCAGGCAAUGUUCCGUCGCUUCUCGAUUGCUGAUGAUGCUCAGCCCCGAGCACGGUCGCCUAUAGAAGAGGAGGCGUACAGCGAUGAAGGCUCUCCCGACCUGUUCCCCGCGGCGCCAACAAUGAGCCAGUCAAGUGUCGCACAGAAUAGCACCCCGCCCCCUUCCUCGACAAUGCCGCCUCCGCCCAUGGCACUCUUUGACCCAGAAGACAGCGACCGACGGUUCGUCGGUACACCUGAUUAUCUGGCGCCCGAGACGAUUGCUGGAAGCGGGCAGGAUGAGGUUAGCGAUUGGUGGUCUUUGGGCUGCAUUCUCUUCGAGUGUCUAUACGGCUACCCACCAUUCCACGCUGACACUCCGGAUGGGGUUUUCCAGAACAUCCUUGCCCGCAAGAUUGGCUGGCCCGACAAUGACGAGGACUACCAGAUUUCGGAAGAGGCCAAGGACCUCAUGAACCGCCUCAUGUGCACUGAUCCAGCCAGGCGACUUGGUUCUAACAUGGAUGACAAAUUUGCAAGUGGCGGGGAGGAGAUCCGGAGCCACCCUUGGUUUGCCGAUGUCAACUGGGAUACACUUCGAGAUGAUGAAGCAUCAUUUAUCCCAGCACCCGAGAACCCGGAGGAUACCGAGUACUUCGAUUCUAGAGGAGCGGCGAUGGCUAACUUCGCACCCGAGUUUGAAGAUCAAGGACCUUCUUCGGCCGGCACCCCGAGUGCUGAUUAUCCCGAUAGGCCACACGAUGCUUUGUCGCGCGUUCGAUCACAGAUCAGUGUCACCACCAUGAAGCGAGGCCUUAUUCCCUUACACAUCCCGGCUCACGUUCGAGAAGGAAGGACAAGACGGCUUAGUGAGCCGAUGGCCGCGGAUGACUUUGGCAACUUCAACUACAAGAAUCUGCCCGUGCUCGAGAAGGCCAAUAAGGAUGUCAUUCAGAAGUUGCGUGCUGAAGCUAUGCAAUCGCAGAACAAAGCUACAUCUGCGCUGCAAUCUCCCGGCGUUACUUCCCCAUCACCAUCCUUGGAGUCGAGCCCGAUGAUCCCGGCUCCUCUCAAGCGGACUCUCUCUACGAACAAGGCAACGGGCAGACCAUCUUCACCAUCUAUCAGUGGCCCAAACUCGUCGCCGAGCCGUGGGUCGCAACCCUCAUCCCCGUUGUUGGUUCAAUUCAGUGCCGGCCAGCACCAUGAGAGACGGAAAACCUCGAGCAGCUCCUCCACUUUAUCUCAUGCAACAAGCAAUCCCGCCUCGCUUCAGCCCGGAAAUUUCUUCGAGCCGCCGCGGCUUUCAUCCGUUCUCCGCCCCUCACCAGACGCGAUAUCGCCCAUUAAGCUGGCUAAAACGCCUUCAGCAAUGUCGGCUUCGUUCACGGAGAAUCGAGUUCCUGGACAGCGCCAGACCUCGUUGGGACACACCAGCGUACCCUCGCCACGGGCGCGAUCGCAGACGAUGGGUUCACAGGAGGGCGACGUGGUACGGGAUCUGCUUCCAAGCCAUCAUAAGCGACGAAGCCAGGUACUGGACGUGUCGCCGUCUUCGUCAGAUACGGAAGACUCGCGCGCCAAAGCACUCUUGCGCGUGCAGCGGCGGAGGCAAAGCUCGCGCCGGCUUUCCCAGAUCAGCUUCGCCGACGGGCCUAUAUUCCGACCGUUGGACGUUUUGGUGUGUGAAGACCAUCCCGUCUCCCGGCUGGUCAUGGAGAAGCUUCUAGAGAAGCUCCGCUGUCGCACGCUGACCGUUACGAACGGGUCAGAAGCGGUUCGCUAUGCCAUGGGCGAGGUGAAAUUCGACAUUAUCAUGAUGGAGUUCAAGCUACCUCAAGUCAACGGCGCCGAUGUUGCGCGAAUGAUUCGGGACACGAAGAAUGCCAAUUCGCACACGCCCAUAGUUGCAGUGACUGGCUAUCUCAAGGAGCUGCAAGCCCCUCAUCACUUCGAUGCACUGAUUGAGAAGCCGCCUACUAUUGCGAAGCUGUCCGACACCCUUGGAAAGCUGUGCCAGUGGAAGCCGCCGCCACCGAACUGGACUCCAAGUCAGAGCAUGUAUCCGUCCAUGAUGCCCUCGGGUCUUCGUCAAGAGUCUACUCGCCAGGGAGACAGCCCGACGUCUAAUUCCUCAGGCUUCCCACCGGUACCAUCGGGGAGUUACCGAGGUUCGAGCCGGGAAGACUCGAUUAGCUCUAGCUUCUUUGGCGAUGGCGAAAGCCGCACUGGAGACGAUGUGCCUGUCAUCAUCGCUCGUAACAACAUGGACGAUUGGCGUGAGCGAGAUUUAACCCGAGUUAUGAGUGGUUUGGGGAUCUCAGAAGACGUAGCCAAUGUCGAUCCCAAGAACGUGGGGCAGAAGCUUCCCGUUCCGCAUGACCUACCACCCCACGUGGCCUCCGCACCGGCCGCCCUCGAGGCGGCAACGAUCCGACGACAACGUUCCGCGGAAAUGGUGGGCGUCAAACGGCGUAUAAUUGAAACACGGAAGCACGAGUCUGCUGAAUCGGGCGACGAUGAAGAUGAUGAGCUGGGUAACGUCAACGUACGGGCAAAGAGCCCUAAGACGCGGCCAAAGUCAUCAUCAAAGCUCGGCAUCGAAAUGCUUCGCACCAACAGCAGAGGUAGUGUCAUAUCCGUCGAGGACGUCGCAAUUCCAGACUCUACGCUUGCCUCUUCACCACCUCCAGCGAUUACCGAGGACCGCACCGCCGAAGAACGCGAAAGUGCAGCUGACAUCGCACCCGUGUCGCUCACACCGCCAGAGAUCUUCCCGCAAGCGCCAGGAACGGAAGUCCAAGAGAUCGAAAUGGAGACGCCCAAAGCGAAGCCAGUCCCGGACGCGGACCCUGAUCCCACCCCGAGGGCCACCACCAACACGUCGCCCGAAGCGUAGAUCUCUCCUAGAUCUUCAUUGCUCGGCUCCCGAUAGAUUGCAUCAUACUACCUCCGCCCUUGCGCCGACCGAGCUGCAUGUUGACAGCUAUGCCCUGCUGUCACAAACCUGCCUCCUAUUCGAAA